AUGUACUACCACAUUAUCUCCAAGGUGGACCAAACAGUUCUGCGACACAUUUCCGACAUCGUCGCGAACCCCCCAGCAGAGAACAAAUACCCGGCGGUCAAGGCGCGCCUGAUCGCCCACUUCGAGUUGUCGGCCGAGGAAAAGUUCGAGAAGCUGCUCAAUUCCUGCGAUCUCGGAGACGCCCGUCCGUCGCAUCUUCUUGCCAAAAUGCAAGAUCUAUCCACGGGCCUGAACGUGAGCGCUGGAUUGAUGAGGAUGCUCUUCCUGCAGCGGAUGCCAGUCAACAUUCGAACGGUCCUCGCGGUGUCCAACGCCAAGCUCGACGAGCUCGCUGCCAUGGCCGACAAGAUGAUCGACGUCGCCGGUCCGCAGGUGGCUGCGACGCAACAAGCUGCUCCAACAAGCGUACAGGACCUGGAAGCUCAAAUUGCCGCCCUAAGCAGCCAACUGCGACGAUUAGAAGCAAAUCCGAACCGAGGAAGAUCUCGCUCCCCGUCGCGGCGCCGCAGCGCUUCGCAGUCGUCCUCGCAAGAGAUUUGCUGGUACCAUCGCAAGUUCCGAGACGCGGCCCAACAGUGCCGUUCCCCCUGCCGAUACAGCUCAAAAAACUAG